AUGUCCACAGGUCUUCUUCGUCUUGCCACACUCUUGCUGGCAUUGUUGAUGGGCAUCUUCACAUUCGCCUGGCUUGUGGCAGGUCUUUCGGCAGGCGUGGGAGCCGCACUUGAGCGGCUUUCCGCAGACCAGCCCGCACAAUACAUCGGCCCUCCAGCACGGUUGGUUUUUCAGAGUCUUCUUGCCGCAGAGACAUUGCUUUUCGGUGAGAAAUGGACACUUGGGGCAUUCCUCCUCAUCCAAGUGGCAAUUGUGCACAACCGGAGGGUGGCCACAAUCUUUCACCCGGUUACACGGGAAAUUACACGGCGGUGGACGAGUGCCGCAUGGCAACGGCGCCUGAAGGAUGGUCCUACCACAGCUGCAAGAAAUAUCGUCAAAGAUGGCUUCCCUGCAGCUGCCGCAUGGCCCACGGUGGCAAAGAUCUUGACAGACGUGGUUUCCACACUUCAGUUUGCGUCCGCAUGGUCGAGUGCAAAUGUGCUCUGCUUCGACAUUCUCAUCCAAAGCCCGCGUGACACUCCCCAACGGCUUGAGUUUUCGUUUGGUGGCUUGACGUUCAGAUGCUUUGCGCUCUCCGGUGCAACAUCGUUCACCACACUCGUGACGGCCACAGUUCAGAGUAGCCUUGCACAAUCGCGCGCACUUGGGUGGUUCCUCCUUCGCUUCAUGGCAGAUGACGUCAAACGAAUUACGACCGCACCGACAUGGUUUGGAGAUUUUGAGCGUGCAGGGACUGCAUACUCCAGAGUGACAAAUCUGCUUGCAUUUGUGACCACAUGA